CGUAGGUUGUUGUCAACUCCCCACAUCUUUUUAAAACAACGCCUCUGCAAUUUCUUGUCCGAGCUUCCUCCAGAGCACAUCUCGCUCAGAUUAUCUGCAUGUUUUCCCGCUAUUCGAUUGUGUUUGUUUGUCGAUAGUGCAAUUUGUGAAUAAGGUAAAUCCCCGGCUGAUUUUAAGGGCAUGGACAACAUAAAAAAUGCUGAUAAAGUUCUUCACUUACGGCCUUGGCAUGGUUCUUCCUCCAGCGAGUUUUUGGCUAGUGACUUCAUCUGCUUCAGAGUUACCAUUUUAGACUGGGGAAUUUAGUAGAUUUGGGUCCAUGCUUCAGAUUUCUUGACAUCUUCAGAAAGCGAGAAGAAUUCAGUACAUUGAUGCAACAUAACAAUGAAAGAAAAUCAUGAUUUGCUGCUUUCGUAUUUAUAAACACAUUCUUGAGUCCAUUAUUACUUUCAUUUGAGUUGGAAAUCUCGUUAAACGUCUGCAAACGCCAUGAAAGCCGCAUUCCUUGGAGUAUUUAAAGGGAAGUACCUAAAACCAAAAAAUAAGGCAUCUGACACAAGCGCCGAUUCCGGCGAUUCCAACAAAAUGAUGUCGACCAACGGUGAGUUGGGAUCCCUCGUGGACUUCAAUAAGAAGGCAUCCGCUGCCACCAUCAUCAAUAAAAUAAACAAUGCGUCUUCUUACGCCUCCUCUUCCGAAAAGAUGAUGAAAAGCAGUAGCUCUUCCACAUCCAGCAGUUCCCUGCUGAGCAAGAAAGCCCAAAUCUUGCACCACGCGGUGUCCACUUCCAGUCAAGAGAUGAAACAACAGCAGCAAGCACAGCAGCAGAAUGAAAUGUUCCAGGAGAACCGCAAUUUCUGCCGUAGUGUAAGUGUAACAAGUAAUUCCAGCGCCAGUUCAGACUCACGUGUCAAGAUGGUCAGUAAUUCUGCUUCUCAAGCGCUUGUGUCUGGUGGCCUCGUGCAGAGGGGUCUGUCUGUAGACGAACCUUUAUCUGAAGAGGACCUUAGCUUGAGAGAAUCUUCUCCCCAAGAAAUGAAAUUCGAACAAAAAAGAAUUAGUUCUUCUUCAAAGAUGAAAGUCAGCACGUCGGAUGGGUAUACAGCCGAGAAAAUGGCCGCUUCAAAUCAAGAGAGGAAGAGGUUGCAAACAGGAAGCGUGAGUUAUGAAGAGAAGUCUGCCUCGGCAGCCAUGAAACAGAAACUGGAAACAGAAAGUUUUUCAGCCGAAAAGGUAGCUGCAGUACGGCAGGACCAAGUGCAACUGAAAACAGCUGAAUCUGUACAACAGCAGCAAAGGACAGCUGUAGCUGCAUCUAUGAAACUUUCCACAGAUGAAUUCACUGCUGAGAAAGUAGCUAUGGCCAAACAGGAAGAGAGACACAUGUUCUCGCAGGGUGUGGUACAAGCUGAAAAGAAUAUGUCUGCAUCAUCAUCAGCCAAAAUGACGUUCACGACAAAAGGUGUCAGCAAGUCAUCGUUAUCGAGUCAAAAUAUCCACCAAGUGGAUUUUGGGAACAUCUCUUCAUUAGGAAUGUCAUUCGGCGGCAUUAAUAACAGCGGAAUGGAAUCAUUUGCCUUCAGUGGUAGUAACCAAAAUCUCUCUAUCCUUCAAGGUCUUGAUGAAGAUGUCCAGAUCUUGAGCGAAGAAUCACCUCCUUCCGAAGUCGAAAAAGCAAUGCAUCGUUUUAGCUCUAGAAUGGCAACGUGUGUUGAAAGACUCAAAGUGGCUACUUCUAUUGAAGAAGCGACCACAUUAUUAUCUACGAUGAGCGAUAUGUUUCGUAAAGCUUGGGCAAUCCCUAAUUAUGGACACGAUCUAGGUACAACUUUGUGUAAUAUACUGCGUAACAAUGGAGGUCUCAAAAUUAUUGUCGAUAAUUGCAGCUCAGAAAACUCUGAUUUACAAUUCCGCAGUGCAGAAUUGUUAGAGCAGUGUCUUUCUACUGAAAACAGAACUUACGUCGUCGAGAAUGGCUUGGAGAAAGUAGUAAAGGUCGCUUGUUCCUGCUGUAAUAAAAGUUCUGUUUCCCAUUCUAGAGUUGGUACUGGGAUUUUAGAGCAUCUUUUUAAACACUCUGAAGCAACAUGCAGUGAUGUUAUUAGAACUGGCGGUUUAAAAGCCAUCAUAUACAAAUGCAGGACCUCAGAUGUGGAGACGCUUCGACAUUGCGCAACAGCAUUAGCUAAUUUAUCAUUAUAUGGAGGACCUGAAAAUCAAGAAGCUAUGAUCAAACAUAAGGUGCCUGUGUGGUUGUUCACUCUUGCUUUUAACAAUGAUGAUAACAUAAAGUAUUAUGCGUGCCUUGCUAUUUCUUCUUUAGUGGCCAAUAAAGAAAUUGAAGCUGCCGUACUCAAAUCCGGAACUUUAGACCUCGUUGAACCUUUUGUGACCAGUCAUAAUCCGGAAGAAUUUGCCAAGAGUCAUGUAGCACACGUUCAUGGACAAUCCAAAAAUUGGUUAUUGAGAUUAGUAAAUGUUUUAGAUAGCAAAAGGGAAGAAGCUAGGAGCCUCGCAGCAUUCCACUUUGCCAUGGAAGCUGGCAUAAAGAAGAAACAGGGAAACACUCAGAUAUUCCAUGAAGUUGAUGCUGUGGAAGCGCUGAAAAAAGUUGCCAGUUCUCCUAAUGCUAUAGCUUCUAAAUAUGCAGCACAAGCUUUGCAACUUAUUGGUGAAGAACUACCUCAUAAGUUAUCUCAACAAGUUCCUUUGUGGACGGAAGUAGAUGUCAAAGAAUGGGUAAAGCAAAUUGGUUUCGAUGCAUAUACUACAGAAUUUUUAAACAGCCGAGUGGAUGGCGAUUUAUUGCUUCAACUGACAGAAGAUAUGCUAAGGGAUGAUAUUGGUAUUAAGAAUGGCAUAUUAAGAAAAAGAUUCCUUCGGGAGCUAAGUCAGUUGAAAAGGAUGGCAGACUACACUUCUUGCGAUUCUACUUACUUGAAUCAAGUUCUGCAAAGUUUAGGUCCAGAAUUUUCACAGUAUACAUACCAAAUGCUUCGUUGUGGGGUCCAGAAAGAUACCCUUAAGUAUAUUAAUGAAGAGCACUUAUGUAGGGACUGUGGAAUUGAUAACAGCAUUCACAGGCUUAGGAUAGCACAUGCCAUGAAAGAUCUGGCUCAGCAGAGUGAGGAUGCUGAAGAGGAAGAAGAUAAACAAAAAAGCCUUGAUGUUUUCGUGAGUUAUAGGCGGUCAAAUGGCUCACAGUUAGCCAGUUUGCUGAAAGUUCAUCUGCAAUUGAGAGGUUUUUCUGUGUUCAUUGAUGUUGAAAGGCUAGAAGCCGGAAAAUUUGAUAAUAAUUUGCUGAACAGCAUUCGUCAAGCCAAACAUUUCUUAUUAGUUCUUACUCCUAAUGCUCUUGAGAGAUGUAUAGGUGAUACUGAAUGCAAAGACUGGGUACACAAAGAAAUUGUUGAAGCAUUACAAAGCCAAUGUAAUAUCAUUCCAAUAUUAGAUAAUUUUCAAUGGCCUGAACCAGAGACAUUACCUGAGGAUAUGAGAGCAGUUUGUUACUUUAAUGGUGUCAGAUGGAUUCAUGAUUAUCAAGAUGCUUGUGUUGAUAAACUGGAGCGCUUUAUGAGGGGUGAAAUGAAUGUAAGAAGUGAUGGUCCUCUGGGAAGAUAUGUUGGCAUUGGUGGUGCAGGAACACCAGGCACUCCAGGAACUUCAAAUAUUUCUACUAAUAGAGGAAACCCAAUAUAUCAACGAAGUGCAAGCAAUGACAGUAACAAAGGCAGUACUUGCUCUGAUAAAGAAAUAAAUGGCAGCAAUGGCAAUAACAGAAUGAGUGAAGUAUCACAUUGUUAAUGACUUUUUUCCUUUUAGGGGGAAAAAUGGAUAUAUAGAUAUGAAAUACCAAAUGUGUUUUUAACUUCUAAAGAAUAUUUGAAUAUGAGACAAGGGUACUAACACAAAUAGGCUUCCAAAAGGUUGGACUUGCAAAUAAAAGCAAGUAUAAUAUCCUUGACUGAAAUCUCAAUAAAAGAUUUUGUUCUGGAUGUAAAAGCAAGAUCAGAUAUCAUCUGACUCAGAUAACUAUGGAUUUCAGAUAUCUCCUCUAUAUCACAAUCCCAGCUUAGGAAAGCCAAAAGUGAUAAAUGCAAUGAGUGCAUUCACAUUCUAGUACUAAAAUGUGAUACUUGUGGAUCAACCAAAUUUCAAGAUAAAUGGCUUUAAAACUUGCAUAACAGAGAAACCAUUGAAAUACAUGUAAUGGAACUUUACACAUUACUUAUGUGAAUGUAGUACAUCAUUUCAAGUACUUGAUGUAUCAAGUUUCAUGUUCAUGUUGUGUCAUUUGUACAUUUUUGUUCACCAUGAAAGCAUUUAAAUUUUGUGUGAUAAAAUAAUUUCGCUAACAUA